GGCCCACCUUUAUUAGAGAGGUGGUACACAAUGUGGUAUAAAAAUAUAAUAAGCCUAGCAUUUUCCAUAUCUAAAUAUGGAAUAAAUGUCGUUAUUUGUGUUUUUAACACGAGUGAGAAUUUAAACAUAAAAUGUGAUGGAUCUUUAACAUUUGUGUUUAAAGACUUUAUAAAAAUAAUAAUAAUUAUGAGCACAGGUAGGGGAGAAACUAAAAACAAGAUGUUAGACUUUUGAGAAUAUGAUAAUGAUAAUAUCAAUGCUAAAGAUUCGUGCACAUAACGUUGGCCAAGAAAUAGUGAACAAUUUCUUGGAUUUUAAAGGGACUGCUGGUCUCCUUGGUUAGGAGUGAGGUCAACAAUGUUUAUUCCUUCGUUUGGACUAUAGGAUUUUUUUGAAAAAACAAAAUUAAAUCUCCAUUAGGCUGUAAUUCUGUCAUCAUUUCAAUUCCCCAAACAUAAGUUUCCAACAUCAUUUCAGCGAAAAGGGAACGAAACCGGAGCAACAUCAUUCACCAAACCAUAAGUUCCCAACUUCUAGCUCUCAAUUUCACUUCACAGAAACCGUACUCCAAAGAAUUGUUAGAAGUCUACCAUUUUGAAUAUUUUUUUAAAGUCGACUCUCAUUUCUGAUUAUGGUGCAUCAAGAAAUGUUGUCACUAGUAUAAAAAGCCUCAUGACAACUUCGACUCGGAUCAUACUAUUGCUGUCUCUCUUUAAUCUGUUUAACAUGAAACCAUGGAGAGCAUUUUCUGUUGUAUUCUGUAUCUUCAGCUGCUUCUUUGUGUGCUUAUCUCAUGCAUCAGAUUCCCUCAGGCAUAGACAGUAUUUAUAUAGAAAUGAAACCUUGGUUUCUACUGGUGGAGUGUUUGAGCUAGGCUUUUUUAGCUCCCAUGCUUCACCAAAUGGAUACUUGGGAAUCUGGUUCAAGAAUGACAAGAACCAAAAGCCGGUUUGGGUUGCAAAUAAAGAUAGCCCCCUUAUGGAUUUCCCAGGAGUACCGGGUUCCUCAGGAGUAUUUCACACCAUCAGGUAUGAUGGGAACAUGGUGAUUAGUGAUAGAAGAAAUAUUCCGUUUAUUCUGAAUUAUGGAGCACUUGCAUCAAGCAAUAACACACGUGCAAUAAUUCGUGACUCGGGAAAUCUAAUUCUCAUGGAAGGAGAAGAGAUUUUGUGGCAGAGUUUCUAUUAUCCGACGGAUACGUUUCUUCCUGGAAUGAAAUUGGGCUUGUUUAACAUGAAUACUGAGCAGUUGAGGAAACAGUUUCUAGUAUCCUGGUUUAGCACAUCUGUCCCUGCUGAUGGUUCUUAUGCUUUGGGCAUUGAUCCUGUAAACAAUACUCAGUUCAAUGUCUGGCGCAGUGAUGGUGCUUACCAACAGAUUGGCUUGUGGGAUGGCCAUGAAUUUAAGUUCUUCUUCCAAAGCACAUCAGAUAAUCUCAAUUUCAGCUUUGUUUGGAAUAGCAAUGAGAUUUAUCUUACUUUUAACAACAAAAACACUAGCAUGCCUUCAUGGUUUGUGUUAACCUCAAAUGGGGAGAUUGAUGAGUUCAGGAUGGUAGGGCAGGAAAUUGAGAUUGUGGAUUAUUCACUAUGUGAUGACACGAUGGCACGCAGUUCUAAUGGCUGUUUGGUGGCGAUGCCAUCAGCAUGCUCAGGCGGAGAUAAUUUCUCAAACACCAGAGGAUCACUGCCGAGUUCAAUGGUUUUAAGCUGGCCAAUUCGUAUAGAUCCCUAUGACUGCGAGAUAUUGUGCAGGAACAAUUGUUCAUGUGUUGCAUAUGCAAAUGCUUCAUUGCAAGAUGAAGGAACUCUAUGUCAACUUUAUUAUGGAAAUAAAAGCGAUCUUCUGAAACUGGUAGGGACAGGAAACAGCACUGUUUAUGUGCGUGGUAAUGCUUCUAAAUCCGAUAGGAAGCUGUUGGUUGUCACAGUUAUGGUGAUUCCCUUGGUAUUCUUCAUUUUGAUCUUAUUGCUGCAUUGUUUAUGGAGAAAGUUUAACUCUUUAGGAAUUUAUGGCUUCCAUAAUGGCAUGAGAGACAGUAUGAGGUUAUUAUUGUUGCAGUUGAGCUCUGAUAAUAAUGCAAGCAGUCCCAAUGUUAUAGAACUUGGAACGAAGAAGGAUCAUGAGUUGCCAUUUCUUAGCUUUUCCUUCAUAGUGACAUCCACCAAUAAUUUCUCUCUUGCAAAUAAGCUUGGACAAGGUGGUUUUGGGCCUGUUUAUAAGGGUAAGUUACUAGAACAUGACAUUGCAGUCAAAAGGCUUUCCAAAAAUUCUAGACAAGGACCGUUGGAGUUCAAGAAUGAGGUGCAGUUAAUCUCUAAGCUCCAGCACAGAAAUCUUGUUAAGCUUUUGGGUUGUUGCAUUCACCGAGAAGAAAAGAUAUUAAUCUAUGAGUACAUGCCCAACAAAAGCUUGGACUCCUUCAUUUUUGAUCCGACAAAGCGAAGACUAUUGAAUUGGACCCAGCGCAUACACAUAAUUGAAGGGAUUGCUCAAGGGCUUCUUUAUCUUCACAAGUACUCUAGAUUAAGAAUUAUUCAUCGAGACCUGAAAAUUAGCAACAUCUUAUUGGAUGCUUAUAUGAACCCCAAGAUAUCAGACUUUGGCUUGGCUAGAAUUUUAUCUGGGAAUGAAUGUCGAGCCAAAACAAAUCGGGUUGUUGGAACAUACGGUUAUAUGUCUCCUGAGUAUGUGAUGCACGGCCUUUUCUCAACAAAGUCUGAUGUAUUCAGCUUUGGAGUCAUUGUGUUGGAGAUUGUAAGUGGCAGGAAGAAUGCAAACUUUCAUGAGUCAGAUCAUUCUUUGAACUUACUAGGACAUGCAUGGAAUUUAUGGAAAUCUGAGCGAUGCGUGGAGUUGAUGGAUUCGACAUUGGCCGAUUCAAGUUCAACGGAUAGCCUUGCGCUCUGCAUUCAGGUGGGACUUUUAUGUGUCCAAGAUUGUGCAGAAGAGAGGCCAACCAUGUCAGAUGUUGUUUCAAUGUUCAGCAAUGAAGGGGCAACUUUGCCUACGCCUAAACAGCCUACAUAUUCUAACUUAAUGACAGAGGUUGAUAAACCAUUAAGACAUGAAGUGCAUUCUGAAAAUCUUUUGACAUUUUCAGCCAUGGAAGCACGAUAACAACGUCAAACUUGUAUGUUCUAGUUUAUGUACAGAUGGAUUGCCUUUAUAGUUCAUGUUCCUGUUCAUGUACAGAUGGAUUGCUCAAGUUUUGAUCCAAUCCACAUUGUUGCUGAAAUUUAUCCACUUGCAGUGAAAUUUCUGCUUCUUAACAAAUCAACUUUUUCUUAAGAAACCACAAGGGUUUUUGAACUUUUGCAUUCAUUUCCUAUAAUUGUGUAUGCCUUAUGCUGCGGGGCUGUCAGGUUGGCCAUAUUUUUCUGAGUGUAUGAUCUGUACAUUA